GAUGAAAUUUUCCACAUAGAUCAAGCACGACGUUUUUGUGUAUUAAAUUUCACAUGGAAUCCGAAAAUUACGACGCCACCAGCUUUGUAUGUACUUUCGCUGUCUUUUUUUGUGGCUGUGAAAGAUACACGAAUUCUGUCUUGAUUCCUUUCGCUUUUGUCGGUUGCAUCCAGUUCCGACAACUUUUCCAGAAGCCCGUAUCCAAGCUGAAUUCUCGGUAUCUGGAAUUCACACUAAGUUCCUUAACUGUCCUAUUGCUUCCUGUACUUUUUCAUUCUUCACUCCUAUAUUAUACCGAUUUGUUAUCAUUAACAACACUGCUGUGGGCUACUUCUCUUCAACCGAGUGUACUCUCCUCUUCUAUUUUCGCAGUUUCUAUAUUUACGCGACAAACAAACAUCAUUUGGGCAGCUGUAUAUGGCUUAACUCACUUGUUUAUUUUAUUCAAAAAACAAAGCAAUGGUGCCUUCUCAAUAAUGGUACUGAUUAAGAGCUUGCUGCACUUUUGGUCAUUGCUAUUAUUACCCUUUGGUUUUAUCAUAUUUUUCCUAUGGAACGGUAAUAGUAUAGUGCUCGGUGAUCGCUUGGCCCAUCAACCAGUGGCUCAUUUCAUGCAAGUUUGUUAUUUUCUGAUUUUUCUGUGUUUCAGUUCAGCACCUUUACUGGCAUUCUCUGCCAAAACUUACCAAUGUCUUGUGUAUAUCAUCCGUAAGCCCUUUAAAUUAUUGACUUCUUCUUUACUUUUUACCUGUUGCGUUUACUUGUUUACAUUGCAACAUCCAUAUCUGCUGGCUGACAAUCGUCACUUUACUUUUUACAUCUGGAAACGAUGGUUUUUGCGUCAUCAGUACUGUAAAUAUGUUACUAUAAUCCUUUAUAUCAUGGCACUUGAGUUAGUUAGCCAAAUGAUGGAGCAUAUUCCGAAAGCCCUUACUUUGCUGUAUGUUUUGGGUACAGCGGCAGUAUUGGUACCGGCAUAUCUGCUGGAACCAAGGUAUUUCAUCAUACCCUACAUUUUCUGGCGUCUUAGUUAUCCAGAACGACGAAUUCCAGUAAUUAUUUUAGAACUAAUUUAUGAGUUUCUUAUAAAUGCUGUUGUUUUGUAUAUGUUCCUUUAUAGACCGUUUGAAUGGGUACAUGAGCCUGGCGUUAAACAGAGAUUUAUGUGGUGA